GAAAGACGUUCUGAAAUUCCCAAGAACUUUGCAAGAUGUAAGAUUAAUCCAUGAAGCUUUGACAGGUCACGGAAAUGAUGAUAUCUAUAUCGUAAUAUGUUACAUUGCAACUUAUAUAUUCUUACAGUCUUUUGCGGUACCAGGAAGUGUGAUGCUUAGCGUGUUAGGUGGAACAUUAUGGGGAAGUUGGAAGGCUUUGGUUCUUGUUAGUUUUUGUACAGGUACAGGUGCAACUAUUUCUUAUCUGUUGUCUUACUAUUUGGGACAGCCAGUAACUCAAAAUUAUCUCGCUGAGCGAAUGGAACGUUGGAAUGUACAGCUAAACUCGCAUCGAAAGGGAUUAUUCUCAUAUAUAAUAUUUCUUAGAAUAGCACCUUUCUUACCAAAUUGGUUCAUCAAUAUAGCGUCUCCUCAUCUUGGAGUUGGUAUCGGAGUAUUUUAUUGGGCGACUUUCUUUGGGGUUGCACCAUUAUCUUUUAUUCACGCUCAAGCCGGGGAAACUAUUCACGUGUUGUCAGAAUCUGAUGAAUUCACUUUUUUGACCAUACAAAAUAUCGUUGCGAUGUCAUUAUUUGCUGUCACAGCUUUAAUUCCUGUCAUGUUAAGAAAAAAAUUUGAACCACAAGAAAAUACAAAGUUUAUCGAUCCGAAGAAAAUUGUAUAA